CAGUUUUCCUUCAAAACAAUUUUCCUUGACAACAAGUAUCAUGUGAUUGUCAUAUGCUAAGAUCAUGAAAUAUACUCAUAUAUAUGACGACUAUACUCAAAGAUAACACUUUGAUAAUGGGUUUAACAAUGGUUCUUGUGCUUUAUGGGAUACAACUUGCCUCCCUACCACCCGGUGUCCCCGUCUCUUCAAGAGGCGACUGUGUGUCUAACUGUUACCUUCAGAGGAACUGCUCAUCUGUCUUCCAUGAUGGCAGCACCAACAAGUGUCAGCUUUCUGCCGAGGUGUUCCUGCAACAGGACUUUACAAGCACACCAAACAACAUGCAGUAUUUGGAAUGGAGAAGAGAUGACUGCGACAAGGGCUACACGUGGUACCGAAGCCUAGGCCUCUGCUACAAGAUCUACAACUCAACAGAAACCUGGUUCCAAGCCAACCAUACAUGCAAUCAAGACGGCGGAUAUCUCAUCAAAGUGGACAGUACUGGCAUCAAUGAAUUUAUGAACAAGAUAUCGGAUUAUUAUUCUGUCUUUAUCUGGCUGGGUGGUGUUCAAGAUGAUCUCAGUGGAAAGUGGACAUGGACAGAUGGAAGUGUCAUCAGUCCAGCCUACUGGAUGGAUGGUCAACCAAGCACAGAAUCAGAAAAGUGCAUAGGAGUGCACAAAGUUUCUACAAACUUGAUAAGAAGGUGGAAUGAUUUCCCCUGUAUAUUUUACCAUAUUUCCAUGUUUGUGUGUCAGCUGCCUCUGAAAGAAAAGCCUUACUGUUGAUAAUGGGCAAUAAUACAAUUGCUGUCAGCAACAUAUGCUCAAAU